AUGCAAGAAUUAAACCAUGUUGGUCCUUCCUUAUGCGUGAAAUUUCACAAAGAAUUUGUAUAUGCAGCGUAUGGUCCUUAUCUUCAACAGUACAAUUAUAAAACUAGUGAAUUGUUGAACCAAUGUUUGAUUUUCAAGGAAAAUAAAGUCCAUGGCUUUGAUAUCUCUGCGGAUGGAAAAAACGUUAUUGCAUAUGGUGCUAGAUCUGUCUCUAUUUUAAGUUUAGAGAGCAUCAACACAUCUAAAUCAUUAGUGGAUAGAGAGCAAUUGGUGGAAGAGUGGGUGAUAACCGGUACGUUUAGUAAAUUAGGCGAUAAAGUUUUCUUAUUAACUUGCUACAAUAGGGUCAUCAUUUGUGAUUUGAAAUGCAAUGUCAUUGGAAUUAAAUCUGUGCCAGAAGAAAAAUCGAUAUUAUAUUCUGGUUCUAUCGAGGUACUGUCAGAAGAUCGUGUUUAUGUUAAUGCAGGUACUGUUAUAGGUGGUGUAAUUGUUUGGGAUCUAUUUUGUGAAUCUAUAUUGCAUACUUUACAAGGUCACGAAGGGUCUAUCUUUUAUGUGACAUCAAGCGAUGAUGGAAAAUACAUUGCAAGUUGUUCUGACGAUCGUUCAAUUAUACUGUGGGAUAUGGAAACUGGUGAGCAACUAUCCACUGGUUGGGGUCAUACGGCAAGAAUUUGGAAUUUAAAGUUUUAUGAUAAUAAUACUCAAUUAAUCAGUGUAUCAGAAGACUGUACGUGUCGUACAUGGGCAAUUGAGACAUUGAACUCAGAUGAAAUUAAUUUAGUACAGAAGAACAUAUACGAAGUACAUCAAAUUAAAAACGUAUGGGGUCUUGAUGUAUGCAAUUCAGAAAUGAUUGCAGUCACUGCAGGUAAUGAUGGUAGAAUCAAAUUGGUAGAUCUGUUACAGGCUACAAGAUAUGGUAAUGAAAAUGAGUUAUUCUCUCUUGGCGAUAUAUCUUCUUCUGCUAACGUUGAAUUUUCAAAAGAUGAGUUAAUUAAAGGUUUUGAAUGGUUUUCAUUUGGCGCAGUGGUCCAUACAUCAUCAGGUCAACUGGUAACUUACAAUAGACAGUCUUUUUCAUGGUCACCAAUUGCAUUAUCUGAAAACAUGGAAUCAUAUUCCAUUAGUGGAGGUAUCCAAAGUAAAAAUACUGUUGUUUUCUCUAAUAAUAAAAAUGAUAUUAUUCUGAUAAGAUUCAAUUCAAAAGGUCAGCUAAUUAAACUGGCAAAACAUACAUUAGAAUAUUUAGCCAAGGUCACUAAUACAAUGAUAAAAGACAUUGAUGAUGAUACCUUUUUAAUUACUUUGGAAUCACCAAACCCUAAGGAUCCAUUUGUGUGCCUGAUAAUUCAAAAUGAUACUUAUGAUGUUAAUGCUGAGCAUAGAUUCAGCAAGCCAAGUAACUUUGUCUCUGCUUCUUUAGAAUUAUAUGGAAAUUAUCUAUUGGUAGGUGCUAGAUAUAGCUCAUUGGGUAUUUUUGACCUUGACGACAAUCAUAGAACGCCGGUAGUUAUAAGGAAGAUAUCUGCUGGGGACACUACUACAUCAGUUAAAUUUAUUGAGAAACAAUUAAAUAUUCCAAUUUUUUCAAUCACUAAUAGAGAUGGAUUUUACGAUUUUAUCUCUAUUAAUUUUGAUAUAAUAACUAAUGAUAAUAAAAACUUUUAUGAUAUAAUUCAUCAAAAUAAAGUUGCAAAAGGAUUCUUAGAGGGUGCAUAUUUUAACGACAAAAACGAAUAUAUCGUUUAUGGUUUCAAAUCUACUUUAUUUUAUAUCUUCAAUGAAACUAACUCAUAUGAGUUAGCCAGUCAAGUAUGUGGUGGUUCACACCGUCAAUGGAAGUUAUGUGAUGAUGGUUUAAACAAAAUUUUGUUGUAUAACAAAGGUUCGAAUAUUUAUUUUCGCAGAAUCUCUCAAAACUUCACUCCUGAAGUCUUACGCAAUGGUUUACAUGGUAGAGAAAUUAGGGAUAUUUCAAUUUUAAAGGAAAAGACUUAUAAAAACGGUUAUUUAUUUUGCACAGCUUCUGAAGAUACAACUGUUAGACUGUCACAUUUUAAUAACUUGAAUGGUACGAUCACUAAUUACUGGUUAGAGAGACAACAUGUUUCAGGCCUACAACGUUGUAAAUUUAUUAAUGACGAAUUUAUGGUUACAUGUUCAGCCAGAGAGGAAUUAUUCUUGUGGCAUAUCAAUAACGAAAGUUUGGAUCGUGCCUAUAUCGCAGUAAGACAAUCGUUACCAACAUCGACAGAGAAUCCAGACUUACGAAUUAUGGACUUCGACGUAAAAUUCUUAGAGAGUAAAAAAGAUUUCAUAUUAACGUCAGUAUAUUCUGAUUCUGUUAUAAAAGUAUGGUAUUAUAAUUUUGCUUCUAAUUCAUUUAUAUUAUUAAUGGAAGGAAAAUAUCAAACAUGUUGUAUAUUUAAUGUUUCUUUAGAAAUAUUAAAUAACAAACUAUUAUUGAUCAUUACUCCAACAGAUGGGCAUGUUAUUGUUUAUAAUAUCACAAAUUGUAUACCAUUCGAAGUUGUUCCUGGAAAUGAUUAUCUUCGUGAUAACAAAUUAGAGAUUGUUUUAUCACUGUUACCAAAUCAUGAUGUUAAGUUUCCAGUUCAUCAAUCUAGUAUUAAAACAAUCUGUACGUUUGUCGAUAAAACAGACAAUAGUGUAACAUUAUAUACGGGUGGUGAUGAUAAUGGUUUGGCAAUUGUUAAACUGAAUGUCGAAAACUCUACUGACAAAAUUGUUGGGAAGGUGGUCUGUUUUGAGAAGAAAGCUGCUGCUUCUACCAUCACAUCAGUCAAUUUAUUUAACAACAACACGAAACUACUAACAGCGUCUGUUGAUCAAAUAGUUAGAAUAUGGGAUGUUUGUGGUGAUAAAUUAGUUCAAGAGCAAAGAAAAUAUACCACUACAGCAGACACAGGUGUCGCAGAUAUUGUUCGUCUGGAUAAUGGUAGUGAUAUUGCAUUGAUUGGUGGCGUUGGUCUUUCUAUUUGGAAACUAUGA